UGUUAAAAUUGGACGACCGUUAUUUCUCAAGUUUGUAAUUAGUUGAGCUGGAAGAAUUUGUUUACGUCCUGCAUUUUGCAUUGGAAAUGUGAUAAUCGGUUAGAAUUUUGUAAAUAUUCUGUUAUUAUAUGAUAAAAGUACGUUGGUAGAAAAAAAUGAGUACGGAAACCUCGGAUACUGGGGCAAGCAUCGCGUUGUCUUUAGUGGCGCAGUUCGACGAUAUAAACCGUUUGAACGGAGUUCUAAACGAAGGGAGUGCAGAAGAAUGUUUCCUAGCAUUCGUAAAGCAGAUGGAAUGGGUGCGGUCGCAGUGGGCUUCAGCAGAGGCAGAAGCGAUCCGGUUGCAAACAGAGUUGGACGAAGCCCUACGCUCCCUCGCCAAGUGGGAGUCGAAGUUUGCUCAUGUCAGGAAGCUGUUGGACAGUGAGAAAAGAGAGAGGAAUGUUGUGCUUAAGAAGUAUAAUGAACUGAGUAAGCUGCUGGACAUGGCUCGAGAUCUCCUGUUCAAUGAUAACCGAGCCAAGCUUAAUGAUGAGACACUGCAGAAGUUGGCUUUCCUCAACGGUACAGCACAGGACCACAACGCUAAGCUUGCUAAUGUGCCAGAACUUAAUUCUACUGGUACUCUGCUAUCGGAGAUGUCGUACUCCCGCUCGGAAGACGACUUGGACCUGUCUCUUGCGUCGACCCGUCGGUCGUGGGUGCAGCGCGGCGGCUGGAACGCGCGCGACGCACAGCCUGCCAGCAAGAAGCGGCGCUCCUCCACCUCCUCUGCUACUAAGACGGUAGAGCUUCAAGGCGGCAAGGUCCUCGCCACGGCAACUACAACUUUGACGCUGGAGCGAGCGCCCACCAACCACGACUUGAAGCCGCCACAGAACUUCCAACCGAUAUCUGAGAGCAGCGACGAGGCUCCGCCCCGCAAGUCGUCUGGGCGCUCCAGCAAGCACGCGCAGCCCUCUGACAUGCCCACUCCCACCGCGCCGCCUCGGACUGACACGGACACGGCGUCGGACACCCCCGCGACCCCCCGCGCGGCCCCGCAGCGCACCCCGUCGGUGAUCUCGGCCGCGUACGGCGGCUCGCCCCGCGCGAGACCCCGGCAACACAACUUCGUCGCCAAGAACUUCUACAAGCGGGAGACCUGCGGCCCUUGCGGGAAGACCAUAAAGUUCGCGAAGGUGGGUGUGAAGUGCGAGUCGUGCCGUGCGCAGGCGCACCCCGAGUGCCGCGCGCUGCUGCCGCUGCCGUGCGUGCCGCCCGGGGCCGCGCGGCGGACGCACGCGCUGCAGGAGGGCAGCAUAGCGGACUACGCGCCGAGCUCUCCCCCGAUGGUGCCGGCGCUGCUGGUGCACUGCAUCAACGAGGUGGAGAAGCGCGGGCUGGCCGAGCGCGGCGUGUACCGUAUCAGCGCCGUCGACAAGGAUGUCAAGCGGCUCAAGGAACGCUUCCUCCGCGGCUGUGGGUCGCCGCAACUGGGCAACGAAGAUAUCCACGUGCUCUGCGGCUGCAUCAAAGACUUCCUGCGCUCACUGCGCGAGCCGCUGGUGUCCACCGCGCUGUGGCAGGACUUUAUGGACGCGGCCAAGCUCUCGGAACCAAGCGACGCCACAGCGGCCAUAGUCCACGCCGUCAGCCAGCUGCCGCCGCCCAACAGGGACACCCUAGCUUUUCUUAUAUUGCAUCUGCAGAAGGUAGCAGAGAGUCCCGAGUGCGAGAUGGGGGUGGAGAAUUUAGCGAAGAUCUUCGGCCCCACCGUGGUCGGGUACGGACUUGUCACGCAGGCAGCUGAAAUGUACACCGCCACUGCUCAGAUGUUCCAUGUGAUGCAGCUCAUGCUACGGCUUCCCGCGGACUACUGGGCGCAGUGGGCGUGCUGCGGGGACGCCUCGCCCGCCGCGCCGCCCCGCGCGAGGGGGUUCUUCUUCUCACCAGCUGAUACCGGAAUAUCGAGAAAGAAGAGGAACUAUUUUCAGUGACGAAACUAUAAAGUAAUAUUUUUAUUAGCAGUUUAACUUAGUUUACCUUAUAACAUUCUUUAGAAGAUAAUUUCAGUUUGUUCGUAUAAGAGAACGCGUUAUGUUUACCAAUAUGUGUAUAUUGCUUAAUUUUACUUAAAUUAACUUAUUUUAAAGUACAUACAUAAAUUAUAGAUAAGUACUUUUUUAUACUUUUAAGUAUUUUUUGGGUGAUAUAAACCAGUAGUAGGUCAGUACUGUAAAAACCAGUGUCAUACAUCUAUUUUUUCGAAGCAAUGAGUAUAAAACUGCCUAUUUCUCCCGUCAGGUGUCGCUACUGUUGAGUGUUCCAAAUUUUGCAAAGUUCCCCAUACUAUUUGAGUAAGCAAACAUAUUGUUUUUGUUAUAUUUUUACACUAUAACCCUUUGCGCAGUGUUUCACUGCAAGAUCAUAGUGUUAUGUUUAUUCCCUAAAGAUCGGAAAGUUUACUAAAAACUUAUUUUCAGUCAAAACUACCUUUUUUCCAACUGGCUGUUUUUCUUUUUGUAACUCAUCCUUCAGACGGGAUACACUCCAUGUUGCAACGUAGUUUGACAUAUCCAAAUUUUGAGAGUUCCUCAAUAUUUGAGUUAACAAACAUAUUGUUUUGGUUAUAUUUUUACACUAUAACCCUUUCGCAGUGUUUCACUGCAAGAUCAUUGUGUUAUAUUUAUUCUCUAGAGAUCGGAAAGAAGAAAACUGGGAAAAACUUAUUUUCAAUCAAAACUGCCUGCUGCUUUUCUUUUUCGUAACUCAUCCUUCAGACGGGAUACACUCCACGUUGCAACGUACUUUGACAUAUCUAAUUCUUACCGCAUUGAGACUAUUGUAAAAUGUUAUCUUAUUGAAACAUAAUCACUAAUUGUACUGAACUGCUCGUUCUGUUUAGUACUAAGUAGCAAUCUUUUCCAGGCAACCUAUUUACACUUCUCUCCAUCGCUUAUGGUUAGGUUAGGUACCACAUUUAGUGGUACCUACGAUGAGUUCAUAGUUUGACAUAACGUAAGAAAUACAAAAAAUAGAAAAAAAAAAAUAGAAGAGUACAAUAGGCGACUUUAGAAAGAGAGAAAAUAUACGUAAUGGCUCCGAUUCCUGUAGACACCUCCUAAGUUAUACCCGUCAUAUUCUCAUCUACCGAAAAGGAAAGGGACGGACGAUUGACAACUGUUAAAUUUUAAAUGAAUGAGUAAAGAAUGACUAACCCGGGCUAAUAAAAUAGGCAUCCCGCUGAUAUUCAACCUGUUUGACAUGUGCUGUCAACCUAAUUCUGUCGGGUUAUUGGCCAAUAUAAAGUUUUGGGAGGAGUUUUUUUAAUUUCUGCCUAAAAUUGACGUGUGUUCCAUAAAUUUUACACACGCGAUUGCCCGUCUCUUUCCUUUUCGGCGGAUAAGAAAAUGACAGGUAUAACUUAAAAUUAAAUUAGUUGUCUAUAGAUAUCGGGGCCAUUAUAAUAUUUCAAAGUUUACUUGCAAAAUCAAUAAUAAUAAUGUGGUGGUGUGGGUGUGUUUAUUAAUAUGGAGGAAGCAAGAGGAGUGUGUCAGGAUCGAAGGAAAUGGAUUUCCAUAGUCUCUGCUUACCCCGGCGGGAAAUAGGCGUGAGGUUAUGUAUGUAUGUACUUGCAAAAUCCUUUAUAGUUUUUUUUUGCCAGCGCUAGAGACGGAUUUUCUCAUUGAAGAAAUAUUUUUGUUUUAUUUCCAUUAUAUGUACAUCUUUUGGCGUAACAGGCCAGUGGAAACACACAGUUUUUCUUAGUUAAAUAAUAAUUUAGGUUAGUUUUGUAGAUGUUAAAUCUAACACGUGUACAGUCACGAGCAUAAUAAUGUACCUACUUUAGGACUCUGUCGCACUAACACUCUCACUAUUUGACAUUUAGUGAGACUUACAGUGCAAUUUGUCAAAAAAGAUCAUGUGACAUGGUACCAAAAUGUAUACAAUAUUGAUGCCCGUGAUCGUACUUAACCAUUUUAGCAUUUAAUCAUUAGACAUUUUUAUACGUAUAAACAUUGUAAAACUAACAUUUUUGUGAUAUCCCUUCGAUAUAGUCUUGAUAUAAAUUUAUUUUAUCAUAACAGUGGCCCCGAUUCCUGCAGACACCUAAUUUUACUUUAAGUUAUACCUGUCAUUUUCUUACCCGCCGAAAAGGAAAGGGACGGAUGAUUGACAGCUCUUAAUUUUAGGAAGAAUGAGUAAAUGAAUGAAUAACCCGGGCGAACCAAAAAGGUAUCUCGCUGGUAUGCAAACCGUUUGACGUGUGCUGUCAACAUAAUUCUGUCGGGUUAUUGGCCAAUGUGAAAUUUUUAAACGGUUGUUUUAUUUGUGCUUAAAAAUGACGUGUGUUCCAUAAAUUUUAUGCUUGUCGAUUACCCGUCCCUUUCCUUUCCGGCGGAUAAGAAAAUGACAGAUAUAACUUAAAAUAAAAUUAGAUGGUGUUUACAGGAAUUAAUUGAGGAGCUCGGUGGCACAGCGGUAAACGCGCUCGGUCUGCGAUUGUUGAAGUUAAGCAACUUUCGCAAAGGCCGGUCAUAGGAUGGGUGACCACAAAAAAAAAGUUUUCAUCUCGAGCUCCUCCGUGCUUCGGAAAGCACGUUAAUCCGUUGGUCCCGGCUGCAUUAGCAGUCGUUAAUAACCAUCAAUCCGCACUGGGCCCGCGUGAUGGUUUAAGGCCCGAUCUCCCUAUCCAUCCAUAGGGAAGGCCCGUGCCCCAGCAGUGGGGACGUUAAUGGGCUGAUAAUGAUGACAGGAAUUAGCACCAUUAUGUGUAGUUUAAAUAAGUUUCCGUUAUCGUGACGUCACGCCACCGCCUACGACGACCGAUUGUAUAUAAGAAGCUUUCUUUGUCCAUUUGCUUUUCAUCAUGUUAUAAUUAUAUAGUUUUAAGACUAUAGCGCCAUUGUGAUAUAGCUUGACCGACGUAAAAUAUGUAUAGCGGAUUGCAGAGUUGUAAGUUCAAUCAAAAAGAUCGAACAAUAGAUCCAAUUCCUGUAAUGAACAAUGACAAAGUAACUUGGAAAAAAAAUGAAUCAAUACCAAUUUUGACCCCUGAUUGUUUGUUCUACAGCUACAAAUUAUAUUAUAAUUAAAACACAUAAUACCGGGUUCUUACCGCGUUCAAAUCAGGGAUAUGAGACUCCCGAUAUUUCAACAAUGUUGCAAGUGCCACGAUCACGCUGGUUGUGGUGAUCACGAUCAUGAUGGUUUUAACGCGGUAAGAACCCGGUAUUAUGUGUUUAAUUAUGAUAAUAACUGCGUAAACCUCAAUGUAUAAAGUAUAUCGUGGUCAAGCUAUAAAGAUAAAAAGUUUAGGAUUUAUAAAUAUACAACUGUAAAGUUUUUUUCCAGAAUCGCAAUUUGCUUUUGUCUAUAUUAUUAUGUUAUGGUAUACAUUAUACCAUAUGCUUUAUCUUAGAAAUAGUAUUGUAAAUAUCUUUUAGUCGACUAAUCACUAUUCAACCCAUAUCGCGGGCCCCUAUAGUAGAUGAGAGCCCUUAGAGUUCCCCGUUUGUCCGGACGAGUAGUGAACGCUAUCGGAGGCAAUAAGGUAGUUUCCAACUAGUCAGAUCAGUUACUUUUUCUAAACGUCAAAACUCGAAAUCUCUAUGGAAUUUGUAUGAAAAAGCAACCUGAGACGUUAUAGAAAAACGUGACAAAAUGUCGCACUUAUUAUUACAUUUUUCUUUAUUAAAAUCCAUAAAUAAGUUAAAUAGGAAAAAGAAAACUUUUUUGUCACCGAAUUUCAUAAUUUAUCUUUGACUUAGGAAACUACUUAACACUUUCAAGGACAGAACGUCUAACGACGUUCCGAUUCUAAGGUGUCGUAAUAUCUAUUAUGAACCAUCAAUGACCCAUGGUCUCCGCUCGUGAAAGGGAUAAUUGUACAAUCAGACAUGUCAGAAAAGGGCCUUUAUCUGAACCGAAUGAACCCGUGAUAUGUUCGGAGAACGCGUGGUUUACAUCAGUGUCUCAGGUUCGAAUCUCGGGGUGGGCUCUAAACUACUGAACUCGACUUAUAAGCAACUUAGCCUUGUUUCUAACAUCACAUGUGCCUAGUCGUAGACUUGUAUUUAGUUAGUUUUAGUUAUAAAGGAAGUAGAAAGUCGAUUCUUCAAGUGAAAGAAGACAGACGAGAAAAAAUGCACCUUUUUUGUGAGCGUUAAGGUCGACUGGCAUCACCAAACUGGUGUACGAGUUAUUCCAGGCUAUAGCACAUAUAUGUGACUAGGGAUCGACGAUCCAACGGUGUUAUGUUGAAAGUUGUAUAUAUGCGUCUUGCUGUGAAAACUUCGAUAUCGCGUUUUACGACUGCUUGAAAACUGCAUUAUUGAAUGUGGUGCCAUCUGUUGCAUGUGAGCGGAACUAGGUGGCCAACUAGUCUCCGACUUACACCAACCUACAAUUGUGUAGCGUGGUGGAGCAAGUUUCGUGAAUCGUACCCUCUUCGGUUGGUAGAGGGGAGUUGUGAGACUUAGUGGGAUUGUUCGUAUAACUAUACUUUUCAUCAAUAAAAUCGAAACAUGACUUUUUGUUCAACAAAUCAUUAAAUUUUGAAUUUGGAACGUUAAGAAUGAUAAACCUUAUAAUACUCACCGUAUUUUUCAUUUAUAAUACUUUUCUGAUAAUCCUAACGAAACCAACUUGCGAUGUGUUUCAAUAUUUUGAUGAGAAGUGUAGUAAUGUAGGGUAAUGAAGAAUCGGCUUUCUCUCUUUAGUUUUUUUUUUUUGUUUAGUAUUUACUACUAGUGAUUUGGCGUAUUGACUUGUUUAUGGUAAUGAAAUAAAUCGUGUAGUUAAA